GCCACUGCCCUGCGCGUAUAAAUUGGCACAGCAGGGACUAAAUCAGUGAAACCAAGACUUCUCCUAGAAUAACGUGCACCUUCCAGUUCUUUAGUCCCGGUGUGAAUACGGUGAUCGUUAGACGAAGCAGUUGGAACUUCUGCGUAACUCUUGCAAAUCUUAAGCAUGUCAUUCACUAUCUCAGCCGUCACAUACGAUGAUGCUGCUGGAGUUUCAAAGAACAACAUGACGGCCUUCUACCACACCGAUACUCAUUGGCGUGCACUCUGGAAGUCGACGCCUUUGGAUGAGAUCAUCGAAGGUGCCACUGCUCGCAUGCCCCAUAGCCUCGUCGGCGGCAGGGAAAAGAAACGGCACCAGAAAGCCGUUGACGCCGAUAGUAGUGAAAUCGUGGGCUACUCACGGUGGAUCCUGCCCGAUGAUGAUAAUCGCAUCUCUUGGUCCGAAGCAGCUGUUCGCGAACCCUCGCAAGAGGAAGCUGAUAAGUUCCAAACAGCCUUCCAGGCCAACACCGAGGGCGGUUCAAUCAAAGGUAUGGACGGAAAACUACAAGCUGCUCUGGGACUGCCGCUUGAGGAGGCCGAGGUUGCCGCAAUGCGAUCACAGGAGGGCCCAUUUCUAGUUCUAGACUAUCUCGCGGUGCAUCCAGAUCAUAGGCGGAAGAAAAUAGCUUCUGUUCUGGUCAGAAAUGGUAUAGAGCAAGCUGAUGCAGUCGGAAUGAAAGUCUGGGUCAUGGCGACUAAGACUGCGCAGCCUAUGUACGAGAAGCUUGGGUUUGAACUCGUGGACAGCGUUAAAACAUAUGUCACGGAGUUCGGAAUAUCCAAGCCUCAUGAGAAGGCCUUCUUAAUGAAGCGAUAGAGCUCGCACCCAGAAUUCAGGGCUUGGAAUUUUCGAGCUCAAGUGCAGGAUCGCUACUAGUAUGAAACGAAUGUAUAUGGUCAUAAGCUCUCUAGUGUCUGUGAUCUACCGCAAAUACGCCUGAAACGCCG